UUAGAAGUUUCUCAAGAGCCUAUACGAGCAAGAAUGUGUGGCUUCGGAGAUAAAGAUCGUCGUACAAUUGAUCCUCCUCCCAUUAUUAAGCUUCUCGUAACUACUACGGAUGGAACGGCCGUACCCGAAAGUUCUAUCGAUUAUUCUAUGAUGGUUGUUCACGUUGGUCUAUGGUCCAAAGAUUGCAAGGAAGAACGUGGCUUAGUAGUCAAUCCUACAUCCAUGUUUGCUAAAUCCGAUAAUCCUAGCUCAACCAUCAUGCCAGUGAAUGUGCCUUUAAGCACUCGAAACCUUAUGGGUCAUUGCACAUCGUCCGCGUAUGUGCUCAAUGAUCAUCUUGGUCAAAAGGGAAUUUAUUUUAUAUUUCAGGACCUUUCUGUUCGAACUGAAGGUUCUUUUACCUUAAAAUUCUCUUUUUGUAACAUUAAAGAAUUCAUGGUCCAAUCUCCUGAUGAAUUCACAAAUACCCGUGGAAGCGUUGCAGCUGAAGUGUAUAGUGCACCUUUCAAAGUUUACUCUGCAAAGAAAUUUCCGGGUAUGACAGAAUCAACCGAGCUUUCUAAGGCUUUCACCAAACAGGGAAUUAAAAUUCCGAUUCGUAAGGAAGCAUAUUAUAGGAAAGUCUCCAAUAACAAUUUGCAUAAUCAGCUUAGUGUAGACAUUCCUCAGGCAACAAUCGAGAUCUCUAGCAGUGAUUCGGAAGAUACCGAAUCUUUCAACGAAAAUGAAGCACGUGUUUACACUCAGGAAUAUAGAAGUAAAAAUAUGCAAUCGCAAACCGACUACACAAAUAAGAAUGAAUAA